AUUAUCAACUUAUUUUUUAUUUGCAUUAUCAUAUCGACAAUAACAAAUUAUAAAUGUACCUUCGGUUUGAAGGAAAGCAAGGGUACAAGCGUGAUGCAAAAAGCGAAUGCCAAAUCAGCGUGAACAGUACGAGGAUACUGUUCACCUAUUUAUAGGCACGGGAUGCAGCCCAUGUAAAAUUACACCCAUGCCCUUUACAUUUGCUAAUAACUCUAUAGUAAUUCUUCGAGGUCUAAUUUGCCUUUUCAUCUUUAAGUCGGUUCCCCUUUUCUGCUGCCAUGUCGAAGCUUUUCCUGCGCACAGCUUCGUGAUUACCUUGUCCUUCGUCAUAAUCACCUUUCGUCUCGCUCAGGCUUCGUCCUGACCAUGCUCUGUAUGCUCAUGAUCCGAAUCUGAAGAUACCUGUUCACAUAUUUCACUUGGAAAACAUUGUCAAAUUAUGUUUUUGAGGACCUUCAGAAGUUGAAGGCCCCCAACAGUAGCCCCUCGCAAUAUUAAUUUGUUAGAGUGAUAAAUUCAGAUUGCGACAUGGACGAAGGCCUUAAGCCGAAGGUCCGAAAAAACACCUUCCCUUUGCUAGAAUAGCAACAGUCAUUGACAAGCGGGACCCUCCAAUUUUCAACGCACUAGGCGUAUAAAUAAGAGCUCACCACGGGUUCAUUUGGCAUGCUUUCUUGCCAUCUGUUCUUACUCACCCAACUUUUAACUCUUGCGCACCAACACUUGCUUGGCUUUUUUGAAAUUUUUUUAAGCUUCGGUUUUGAGGGCACUUUCUCAGCAUUUUUCAAGAUGUCUGAAGAUAAGAAAGCUGUCGCAGGGAGAUUUUGGAAGGCUUGUCUGAAGAUACUGGUGAUAGCGACAGUUAUGAUGUGGAAAGUGGUGGAGAAGACUCCGAAGAUCGACCCUGGGAUAACACUAAGUUAGUGUUGUUAAUUGACGACCACUUGGUGAGCAUCUCCCAUUCUGGCACUCUAUCAGAUCAUCCAUCCUUAGGUUCGUUCACUAGCAUCAUUUUGGGAUCAACUCGGCUCUUGUCCUUCGCAUCACGUGUAACGAACCUGGGAUAACACUAAGUUAGUGUUGUUAAUUGACGACCACUUGGUGAGCAUCUCCCAUUCUGGCACUCUAUCAGAUCAUCCAUCCUUAGGUUCGUUCACUAGCAUCAUUUUGGGAUCAACUCGGCUCUUGUCCUUCGCAUCACGUGUAACGAACCACAUCAUGCUCCGACUCGAUUUCAGCAAGAACGAAGACGGCCACCAGUUCGAGCAUAUCAUCGAACACCUAAUGAGUGUUGAACUUAACCUUCUUCUCCACCUAAUUCUCCAAGGAUUUUACAUGGAAGCAGCAGAGGUGGCCGGCCAUGGGAACAAAGGAGGGGCUGGGGGCACCCACUUGCUGCAGAAAGGGGAGGGCACUGCUUGCUGCAGGGGAGGGCAUCGAGCUACAGCAGGGAGGGGCGUCGGCCAUGGCAGGAAGGGGAGAGAGCUCGGCUGGGCACCAUAGCAAGAGGAGGAUGGGGAGGGCUGGAGCGCGGACCAGGGCGUGGUUGUGGUUGGGGGCGAGCUUGGAGGAAGCCAGGCACCGCGGGAGAGGGAAGCAGGAGCUCGGCUGGGCGUGCGUGGUGCGUGUGACCAGCG